AUGAAUAAAGCCAGUGAACUAAGUAACUACUUCAGGGUAAAUAGCGAAUUUGUGAAUAAAAUUGAUAAUGAAAUAGAAAAGUUUUAUGUAUGGACAUACAAAAGCCCAAAUGUUGAUCUCUAUCCUGAUGUUGUAUUUUUUAAGUGCUUAGUUCUUGGGAUAGAUGGAGACAAUUACAAAGUAAAGGAAGUUUCUCCCGAGACAAACAGCGAGUAUGUAGUGAAAAAAGAACAUUUGUUUAACUGUAACAAUGUGGUAAAUGUAAAUAGUCAUAGAUUAAAUGACAUGCUGCACCAGAAUUCGGCCGAGGUUUUAAAUACCUUGGCACUGAGGUAUGAAAAGAAUUUUAUAUAUACUAUAGCCGAGCCAAUGUUAAUUUCGAUAAAUCCGUAUCAAGUUAUUGAUGUCAAUAUGGAUGAUUACAAAACUAAGAAUUUGGAUGAACUUCCGCCGCAUGUCUACAGCUAUGCAAAAGAUGCAAUGAUGGAUUUUAUAAAUACGAAGAAUUGUCAGUCGAUUAUUAUAAGUGGAGAAAGUGGGUCAGGAAAAACAGAAGCCUCUAAAUUAGUUAUUAAGUUUUACCUGUCCGGUGUCAAAGAAGACAACAAGAUUUCGAAAACUUUAUGGGACUCCAACUUUAUUCUAGAGGCCUUUGGAAAUGCAAAAACUAUAAAGAACAACAAUUCCAGCAGAUAUGGAAAGUACAUUAAGAUACAGUUAGAUGAAAAUCAGAAUAUAGUGUCCUCCUGUAUUGAGAUUUUUCUCCUGGAAAAGAUAAGAGUUGUGUCACAGGAGGAUCAGGAGAGGUGCUACCACGUCUUUUAUCAAAUUCUCCAAGGCAUGAGUAAUGAAAUGAAAAAAAAGUACAACAUCAAGUCGGAAUUCGAGUACAAGUAUAUUUCUAAUAAGUCGGUCACCAUUCCUGAAAUAGAUGAUGCUAAGGAUUUUGAGGCGUUAAUAACAUCCAUGGAUAAAAUGAAUAUGUCUAAUUUGAAAGAUGACAUUUUUCUGACAUUGUCUGGAAUAAUGCUAUUAGGAAACAUAGAAUUUAAUGAAAUUGAGAAAGGUGGGAAAACAAAUUGUAGCGAAUUAAGAGAAGAAAAUUUAAAAGAAGUUCAAGAGGCAAGUGAUUUGUUAGGUAUAGAUUAUGUCAGUUUAAGCAAUAGUUUAACAUUUACAGAAAAAAAUAUAGCUAAUCAGAAAAUAGAAAUUCCUUUGUCUGUUGAUGAAUCUUUGUCAAUAUGUAGAUCCAUUUCGAAAGAUAUAUACAGUAAAAUGUUUGAAUAUAUUACAAAAAAAAUAAAUGAAUUCUUAAAUAAUAAUAAAGAAUUAGAUAAUUAUAUAGGUAUACUUGACAUUUUUGGAUUUGAAAUUUUUACUAAAAAUUCUUUAGAACAGCUGCUCAUAAACAUAGCAAAUGAAGAGAUACAUAACAUAUACCUCUUUGUGGUUUAUGAAAAAGAAUCCAACCUUUACAAGAAUGAGGGAAUCUUAGCAGAGUCUGUUAAGUACACAACGAAUGAGAGUAUUAUAGAUUUGCUUCGGGGAAAGACUAGUGUAAUAUCAAUUUUGGAGGAUUCUUGUCUAGCCCCAGGAAAGAAGGACGAGUCCAUCGUGGGUGUCUUCACAAACAAGUUCUCAAAACAUCCACAGUACGGUACUUGUAAACGGGAUAUGAAUGGAAGCUUUAUAAUCAAGCACACAGUUAGUGAUGUUACCUACAGUAUCACUAAUUUCAUUUCAAAAAAUAAAGAUAUUCUUUCUCCCAAUAUUUUGAGAUUGUUAAAGGAUUCCAAAAACCAAUUAGUUAAAAGUAUGUAUGAAGACAUAGAAGUGACAGAGUCUUUAGGGCGUAAAAAUUUAAUUACAUUUAAGUAUUUAGAGAAUUUAAAAAAAAUAAGUUCUUAUUUAAAAAGCACAAAUAUAUACUUUAUAAAAUGUAUCAAACCUAAUGAAAAUAAACAAAAAAAUUAUUUUAAUCCAAAAAAAGUUUUUCCACAACUUUUCUCCUUGUCCAUUGUUGAAACGUUAAACAUCAAAUAUUUUUUUCAGUAUAAGUACACCUUUGCUUCUUUUUUAAGUUAUUACCAAUAUUUAGAUUUUACCAUUUCGAAUGAUAACAAUUUGGAUGACAAGAGUAAGGUCUCUAAGAUGUUACAGGCGAACUUCAGCGACGAUUCCUACAAGAUAGGAAAGACGAUGGUUUUUUUGAAAAAAGAAGCAAUUUAUAGCAUUCGGGAAAUUAUUAAUAACAACUUGAAGAGCUACAAAAACUUGUGCAAUAUUACUAGUGCAUUGAUUAAAAAAAUUAAGAAGAAAAAAAUUGUAGAGGAAAAUAUACAGAAUUUGCAGCUAACUCAAGCGUACUUUAGGAAAUAUAAAUACAUUGAUAUGUUGAAGUAG